AUGAAGUUUACAGCUAUUGCUGCCCCCCUGGCCUUUGCAGCAUUUGCUGCUGCUGCGCCUGUUGGCACCAGCGAGGUUCAGGCUCGCGCCGAAGCCAUCGAGCCCCCUUACCACCCUCUCAUCGACAAACGAGAGGAAGCCAUUAUCCCUCCUGCCUAUCACCCUCUGAUUGACAAGCGAGCUGAAGCCGUCGAGCCACCUUACCACCCAAACAUUGAUAAGCGGGAGGAAGCCAUUAUCCCUCCUGCCUAUCACCCUCUGAUUGACAAGCGGGAGAAAGCUAUUAUUUCUCCUCCUUACCACCCUCUGAUUGACAAGCGGGAGGAAGCCAUUAUCCCUCCUCCUUACCAUCCUCUGAUUGACAAGAGAGAGGAAGCUAUUAUUCCUCCUCCUUACCACCCUCUCAUCGACAAGCGGGAGAAAGCUAUUAUUUCUCCUCCUUACCACCCUCUGAUUGAUAAGCGAGAGGAAGCUAUCGAGCCUCCUUACCACCCUCUCAUCGACAAGAAAAUCUAA